AUGACGGAGCAGGAAAACGAGCCGUUUCAAGAGUUGCAAGCAGUCGUCGAGAUGAGUGUCAUAUGCCUUAUUGAAGGAAUUGCCGAUGUACUUGGUAUCGAUAAAGACGCAUUCACUGUCAAGAAGCUGUGCAGUUUAAUGCGAGACUACCAAAUCAGCGUGACAAGACAGAUUCCUGAAGCACCGGAUAUCAACAAACUCAACGUUUACGAUAACACGUAG